GCAUUUGACGUCAUGCCACUGGAGAGGUUUCCCAGAUGUCAGUGCGUCGACGAAAAGUCUUACAAUGUAUGGACGGAGUCCGCCAUUCUGGUGGGUCAACGUCUCGAUCUCAGCGGGCAAAACUCGCUAAAUUUAUACGAUUUUUCAUUUCCUAAUGCUGCCUACGCCAGUCGAGAUCAACAAAAAACUAUUGAAGGCACUUGAUGAAGACAAUAAUGUCAAAGAUGUACAGGCUGUACUGGAGGUUAUCUCCUUAUUGGAAACCUACCCCAUCACGCGGUCGGCAUUGGAGCAAACUCGAAUUGGCAGAACAGUUAAUGAACUUCGCAAGAAGGUCAGUGAUGUGCAGCUAGCAAAGCGAGCAAAACAGCUGGUGAGAAAUUGGAAAAAAAUUGUUGAUGAGACUAGUGGGGUAAAUGGCGAACAUUCUCUGUCAACUCCAUCUCAUCCGGCCGUUGCUGCCUUGCAAGUCAGCCCCGCUGUUUCUCCUGCCUUGGGACGGACAAUUGGCUUGGCAACAGGGUGUGCCAUGUCUCCAGUUUUACCUGGAGCCAGACCUCGUACGCCAUUGACUAUGGGGCCUCGUGUAGCAUCACCUGCCCUAGCUGGAGGGAAGCCAUCUACGCCAACAAUGGCUCCUAGGGUUGCAUCGCCUGCAGUAGGCGUGAGGCCUUUGACUCCCAGUUUAGCUGGAGCACAAAGGGUUGCAUCUCCAGCCUUGAUUCCAAUCAAGUCGCGUACGACUCUCUUAUCUUGUACCACAUCUCCUGUCCUGGAUGCCAACAAGCCACAGGUAAAAGCUUGCUCACCUGCUCUUCGACCAACAACUCCUAGCACAUUGUUUACAAAUACAAAGCAUGAGGAUAAUGGGAGGAGGGUUAUGCAAGAUGUCAGCAAGACUGUCAGCAGGGAAAGAAUAAGAGGGGCAGAAGACUUAAAUGGCAGUGGGCGUUUGACACCAAGCUCAGCAAGUGAGAACAGCCAGGACAGGCUUCUUGUUGACAAAGACAAUGGUGUGAUAGACUCUGACUCUCAGUCUUCAUGUAAAUUCAGCCAGAGCAGCAGUCACUCCAAAGUUAAUAAUCAGCACAACCAUUCCAUGGGUGUGUCUUUGUCUAAUUCCAGUGAUAAAGGGUCGCAUAAAGAUCAAAGAGAGCUGUCCAAAACGAAUGCAGCCAACAGGAAAAGAACACGCCAAGGAUCGUUGUCACCUCCCCUUUCAUCUAGCAAACUCUCUCGAGUAGAACCUUCAAGUCUUUCAUUGAGUAGUCACAAAAAUGAAAAAGUGAUAAAUGGGUGUGUGAAAUCGACAAAAAAAUAUCCUGGAGCAGAAAUGCACAGGGUGGGUUCUGCUGGUUCUCUUCCCUCCAUGUCAACUUGUGUGUCAUCACCUUUCACGCCCUCAGUGUUUCAUGAAGAAUCAUCACUUUUACGUGCCAACAGUCUCCACCGCCAGGAGAGUGCAGACUCUCGAAUGUUUGGGCAGUCAUUUGACCGCCUGUCUAAAGACAAGCCUAAAGUUAAAACAACUGAGCAGCUGAUAGAAGGGCUUCAGAAAAAGAACAAUAGUGCACAAGUGGGAACUAACAUUAUCACUCAACUUCGCACGAAUCAGAUUGAAAAGGAGAGGGACAUCCAAGGAUCUGUUCUGCCACCUGGGAUGAAGCCAAAAGGUCGAAGGAAAAAUCGUGGCAGAGACGAUGAUUUCAUAUUGACCAUUCCAUCAUCAGAUGUGCCUCUAAGUCAGGCCAAGACAGAGCUGGUUCAACGUUUCUUGAAAACCUCUGACCCUUCAUCUACUGUGGAGGAGUAUAGCCCCUUCAAAGAAGACUUUACACUUCAUAGAUCCCCUUCUGCUUUAGACACAAGCAUGCACCUUGGAACCUGCAGUAGUUCUUACUCUAAAGACACCUAUGAUGCAAGUUUUUCGGCUAGUCGCCAGGACCGUCAUGAGGCACCCCAACAAGAGGAGAGCAGCAUUGAUGAAGCACUUCCUGGAGUUGGGGCCUUGCAGGGCUACACAAGUUCUCUCAGUCUUGAUGAGAUCUAUGCCCAGUUGCCCCCUGUAGAUAGCAUUGACUGGGAUGCUGUGGAUUUCUAUGAACUGCCAGAGUCUACACCAGUCACUGAAGAAACAGUGACCCGCCUACACACAUCCGAGUGGUCAGGAGUAAAUGGCGUUCAUGAUCUAAAUGGGGUUUGGCAUGGUUGGAAUCAGACUGUCUCGUUGCAGUCGUACAACGGUGACUUGUUGCAUGUUCUGCCCUAUGUUGACCUAGACAACUAGAGUGUCUUGAUUGGCAGUAUGCAUGAGUUUGUGUGAAAUGUCUUUUGAGUGCCUGUUCUCCAUCCUGCCAUGAUAAAAUGUGGGAAUGGCUGAGCUGAAGAUAUUCUAAUUCAUUCAUUCCGUUCCCCACCCCCCUACCCAAAACUUCUCCAUGCACUUGCCCAUUACUGUACAUAAAUUGUUCUGUUGAGAUGCCAUCAACUUGAGGUUGUCUCCUUUCUGUUAGGGUUUUUUGUUAAACCAGAGUAUGUUUGCCUUGAAGCAGAUGUUGAUUGGUGGAGAACUUAUUUAUGUCUGUGAUGGGGCAAAGCCAGGGCUCGUGAAAGGGUUAAUAAUGGGUCAUUCAUUGCAAAUGUGUAAUCAUUUGUAUCAUUAAUUAUUUUUUCAAUUAUGUGUACUUUUUUUCACAGAGCUUGAGUUCUCGAAAAAAAAUUAUGACGUUGAUUUUCAGCGUGUAUGUUUUGUUCUUGUUGAAGAGAUUACAGGAACACAAAUAAAGAAAUCUGAGAUACAG